AUGUGGCCAUCAUCGUCACUCGUUUUGUCCUCCCUGGCUCUGCGAUUUGCAGCAGUUCACGCGCAGGCUCUGGCCACCGUCACCUACGGCCCCAGCGGCCCCUGUCCGGUGCCAUCUGUCACCAGCGUCGUUGUAGUACAAGCGGGAUACUACAGCUCUUUCUUUCAGUCAGCCUCGCAGAUUGUGAACCUUUUUGGCAACGGUGAAACGGUUACGAUUCAGAAUGCCCCAACGACGUACAUUACGAACACAUACAUUACCACGACCAUCGUCUCCACGGUUACGAGUGUCGUCAGCCCCUCAACUACAUUGACGACUCCGUCUGGCGGCGCGAGUGUUGGGCCAGUGACCACGAGUGCAACUCCCGGCUCCUCGCUCUCAACGUCCAUCUCCACAGCCUCUACGGCAACUUCAAGCACCCCGCUUCCGGGCACCUCAACAACUUCCUCGACGGUAUUCACUCCUGUUUCUCCUCCUGUUACGACACCAACCCCGGCACCAGUUCUGACUUCCACAUCCGUUGAUGCCCAAGGGAACACAAUUUUAGUCCCGAUUACACAGCCACCAUUGGUUCUUGGCGAAGGUCUGCCGUCUGGAACCGUGACAGAUCUUCCUGCAUCAUCAGCGGUCAUCCUGGGCAUUGCAGUCGGUGGUAUAGGCGGAGCGAGGGUGAAGAGACAGGAUUCAGGCACAGAGGCCUCCGACCUGCUUUCGGGGCCUGAUGGCGGCUCCAGUAAUGCAUGUGACGUUGCUCAAAGGUAUUAUCUACAAAAUGGUCAACUGACGAAUGGUACCUAUGUGGUCGGCCGCAACACUACCGACUCCAGUGCCCUCAUGGUAGUUGAUCCGUAUCUCAACAACGUCACCACCGUGUUUGCGUUUGCUAAUGGCAUUUUGCAAUGGGAUUCGACCGAUCGAGGCCCUGCCCAGUUCUAUCGCUGCGGUGAUGACAAGGUGUACGCAGGCUUCCAAUCUCCGCCACAGGAUGAUUGCUACAAUGUCACAUUGGGCGGCAUUGCAGCCAGCGCCUGUCCGGUGCCGUAUAGGAAUGCAGACGCUAUUGCAUCAUCGACAACUACUUCCCAAAGCAUUUCAACCACAACGGACGUGCCGACCACGACCCCGGAAGUGACCACGACAACGACCACGACCACUGAUACGGAGAGUCCGACAUCAGCCACCACAACUUCUGAAUCGGCGUCCUCGAGCGAUCAAACCUCGACUGAAUCAUCAGCGACAUCGUCUCCUUCCUCAAGUUCAGAACCAACCGUCACCAGCUCUUUGGCACAGACUACUGAGCCUACUGUGACUUCAACCACCUCGGAUGUGUCGCCCGGCACUACAGCACCCGUGUCUACUUCCUCUACGUCUGCUGUGCCGAUAGGGACGAGUUCUUCAAUCAAGCUCAACGAGCCCGGUACCCCCACAAUCCAGCUCGACAAGUAUCCUCCAAUCACAGUCAAGCUCGUCGGCUAUUGUCACUACCCCGUCGAGCUCCAGCAGUGUUGUUCUCGUGCAAUCCAGCACGACUGCUGCAGCCGCAACGACAGUGGUCGUGACCACAACCUCUGGCAUUUCUUCAAGUGGAAGUACCGGCGCGGCCACAAGUGCACCAAGCUCUACAUCCCCGGGCAUUCAAAGUACAAGUCUGAGUAG